GCGGUGCGUGCCGGGGAGCCGUCAGCCGUGGCGACCACACGCCGAAAGUUAAGUUAACCAGCUGAUUUAUGCGGGGUCACCGAAGCCGACCCUUCUUUCAGCUACGCAAUCGCGUCAGUUAACGAUUUUUCAAGCAACCCUAGAUCGAUCUCGCCCGGAUCUUCGUUGACCCCGCUAUUUUUUUUAACUAAAAGUCUUUCCAAUUUCAGCCCCUUGGUCUGGAGUUCUGAUUGGACGGGGCUCGUUCCCGAGCGUUGAUAAUGAGAUAUUUUAUCGACGAUGCGUGCCGAGUAGGAACUCCCGUCAGUUUGCUUGUAUGCAUCUGCUACACAGCUCCUGCACCGUUGUUUGCACACAAGCUCUCGGCCUCACGGGGAGCACCGAGUGCUGCGGUGAGGAGCAGCACUAGAUGAUGGAAGGCCAAGAGGACAAGAGGCCUUCCAUCAUUUUCUGACGGGGGCGCUCCCAAGCUUUUUGGUCGAAGCUAGAGGGCCCGGCAGCAGGACAGGCGGAGGAGGCCGCCGCCGCCGUCGCCGGGCGUCGAGCUCGCGAUGGCGCCGCACUCGCGGGACGGCCGCAGAGUCCGUUUCGAGGAGAUCCGCGAGCUCGACGGCCACGGCGACGAACCAGAGCUGGGGGCCGGGCACGCGCGGGGCCGCGUGCCGCCGUGGCGGGAGCAGCUGACGGCGCGCGGGAUGGUGGCGAGCCUGGCGGUCGGCGCCAUGUACAGCGUCAUCGUGAUGAAGCUCAACCUCACCACGGGCCUCGUCCCCACGCUCAACGUCUCCGCCGCGCUCAUCGCCUUCGUCCUCCUCCGCGCCUGGACCAAGGCGCUGGCCCGCCUCGGCGUCGCCGCCCGCCCCUUCACGCGCCAGGAGAACACCGUCGUGCAGACCUGCGCCGUCGCCUGCUACGGCAUCGCCGUCGGAGGUGGGUUCGGGUCCUACCUGCUCGCGCUCGACAAGAACACCUACGAGAUGGCCGGGGAGGAGACGGAGGGCAACGUGCCGGGGAGCUACAAGGAGCCCGGCAUUGCGUGGAUGACCGGCUUCCUCCUCGCCGUCAGCUUCGUGGGGAUCAUCGCGCUCGUCCCUCUCAGGAAGAUUAUGAUAAUUGACUACAAAUUAACUUAUCCAAGCGGGACUGCAACAGCUGUGCUUAUAAAUGGAUUUCAUACGCCUCAUGGAGAUGCUAUGGCAAAGCAGCAAGUAAAUGGAUUCACAAAAUACUUCGGAAUCAGCUUCUUCUGGAGCUUCUUCCAGUGGUUUUACUCUGGUGGGGACAGUUGUGGGUUCUCGCAGUUUCCUACUUUUGGACUAACAGCUUGGAAACACACAUUCUUCUUUGAUUUCAGCCUCACAUAUGUUGGGGCAGGGAUGAUUUGUUCCCACCUUGUUAACCUGUCUCUCCUUUUUGGCGCCAUUCUCUCCUGGGGUGUCAUGUGGCCUCUGAUCAGUGAUUUGGAAGGCGACUGGUAUCCAGCAAAUAUACCAGAAAGCAGCAUGAGCAGCCUGCAAGGCUACAAGGCCUUCAUAUGCAUAGCUCUCAUCCUAGGAGAUGGCCUGUACAAUUUUGUCAAGAUUAUUGUCUUCACUAUUAAGAAUCUGAUUGAAAAAUCAAAUCUGAAGAACACAAAGAAAGAUGAAGACAUUCCAGUGCUUGAUGACCUUCAUCGUAAUGAAGUUUUUAUGAAGGACAGUCUACCUUCAUGGCUAGCUUACUCUGGCUACGUUGCAUUAUCAGUUGCUGCAGUAAUUGUCAUCCCCAUGAUGUUCCGCGAGAUGAAGUGGUACUAUGUUGUCAUUGCAUACCUACUGGCUCCUGCCCUGGGUUUCUGCAAUGCCUAUGGCGCCGGCCUUACUGAUAUCAACAUGGCCUACAAUUAUGGGAAGGUUGCCCUCUUCAUUCUUGCAGCCUGGGCUGGCAAAGACUCUGGUGUGGUUGCUGGCUUAGUAGGCUGCGGUCUGGUGAAGUCGCUGGUGUCAAUAUCUGCUGAUCUGAUGCAUGAUUUCAAGACUGGGCAUCUCACACUAACAUCUCCCAGAUCAAUGCUGAUUGCUCAGGCUAUUGGCACCGCCAUGGGCUGUAUCAUUGGGCCACUAACAUUCAUGCUGUUCUACAAGGCAUUUGACAUAGGCAACCCAGAAGGGCCCUGGAAGGCACCGUAUGCUCUAAUCUACCGAAACAUGGCGAUUCUUGGUGUGGAGGGUUUCUCUGCUCUACCCCAGCAUUGCUUGCAGCUGUGCUAUGGGUUCUUUGGCUUUGCAGUGGUGGCCAACCUUAUGAGGGACCUCUUGCCGCCGAAGUAUGGCAGGUGUGUUCCCCUACCGAUGGCAAUGGGGGUUCCUUUCCUCGUCGGCGCGAGCUUUGCCAUCGACAUGUGCGUGGGAAGCUUAGUAGUCUUCGUCUGGAACAUGAUGGACAGAAGUAAGGCUGCACUGAUGGUGCCGGCAGUUGCAUCUGGUUUGAUAUGUGGAGAUGGGCUUUGGAUCUUCCCUUCGGCCUUGCUUGCACUGGCCAAGAUCAGCCCACCAUUCUGCAUGGCAUUUAGGCCUACACACUAGGGACAGUAACAAACUACUCUAUGUACAGUUAGAAGACAUACAUCCUGGCAAGAAUGCAGUAAAUAGGUUUUGCAUAGCCGGGCGAGAUUGUAGCAUGCACAUGCAUUUUUUCUUCUUGUAUUGAUAUGUUGCUGUAUAUAGUUUUGGCAACAAGUCACACAAGGUGUAAUACUGUAAGAUGUGGGAAUAAUCUUUCGGGGGCAGCUGAUCCAAUUGUUAAUUGUCAGUUUC